GCCUUAUAAAGCGCCCAGAAGCCGCCCGGGGACGUUCCCUCAGCCACACCAGCUCCCAGGAGGACGGUGGGUCCGCGUCUAGCACCAUGACGGAACUGGAGACAGCCAUGGGCAUGAUUAUUAACGUCUUCGCCCGCUAUGCGGGUGGGGAGGGCAACAAGCAGAGCCUGACCAAGGGGGAGCUGAAGGUGCUCAUGGAGAAGGAGCUCCCGGGCUUCCUGCAGACUAAAAGGGACAGGGACGCCGUGGACAAACUGCUUAAGGACCUGGACGCCAACGGCGACGCCGAGGUGGACUUCAACGAGUUCAUCGUGUUUGUGGCCAUGCUCACGGCCGCCUGCCACAAGUUCUUUGAGCGCGCGGGGCUCCCCUGACGCCCCGCCAACCCGGAGGCGGAGCAGCCCCUGGCUUCCAGACCAGAGUCCUGUGCGUCCUCGCCUCCUGCCGGCCUGUGGCCGCCCCUGUGAUCAGUAAAAUGCUUGUGAGAUGCU